AUGGCCGACAACAGGGGCGCACGGGUCAUCGACGCCGAGGACAUGUCCGAUGACGAAGCACUGCGCGUCACCAUUGCUUUGUCACUUGGCCAAGAUCCUUUCAAACCGCAAACUGCCGGCAAGUCAAGCGCCACUAUCGACCUAACACAAGACGACGAGGAAAAUGGCGAAAGUCAGAGUAAAACCGCGGUUGAAUCACAGCCUACUGCCAAGGAUGCCAAACCCUCUGAAUCCAGAAAAUCAGCCUCUACCACCUCUGCCCAGACAUCCAGUGUAUCAGCACUCUUCGGCCUAGACAGGAAGAAGAUGGAAGAGGAGCGCCUCGCUCGGUUGAAGAACAAGAAGCGGCCAGCAUCAUCAGCUUUGGAUUCCCCCAGUCCCACUACCGCCCGUCCUCAGCAGCGUCCAAAGAUGUCGAGCAGUAGUAGUAACUACAGCAAAACUGGUACUGGUCCACAAACAAUUGCCGAUCUGCUAGCACCAGAAUCUGACGAAGAUAAGACGGCAAGCUCCCAAGGAUCCAACAGCUCUCCUGUCACAGGACGCAUGGUCAAAGCCGGGAAGCAGCAGCAGGCGAAGCCGUCAGAGUCAGGAAAAGUGGCGACAGCACCAUCAGCAGGAGCAGCAAGCGUGGGACAAUUCUUCACUGCUGGGCGUACAUUGAGCAGCAGUAGACCAAAACCAGAACUGCCGUUUCCCAAGGGUGCGGUCAAGAAAACGUGGGUCCGUGGUCAAGCAAGGAAGGGAGACGAUAUCACGAUCGAAGAGGUCUUCCAGAAGGAUAAGCUGCAGCUGGCGGUGUUAAGCACGUUUAUUCUGGACGAGGCGUGGUUGUUUGACAAGUUGGAUCUGACAAAGACAAUACGGAAGCAUCUUGUUCCUAUGAACGGACCGGGAUGCAUGCAUUCGAAGCUUCAACUGCUCAAGUACGAAGACUAUCUUCGUAUUGUUGUUCCUAGCGCCAAUCUGGUGAGCUUUGAUUGGGGUGAGACGGGUGAUAUGGAGAACAUUCUAUUUAUCAUCGACCUUCCUGCACUUGAUGAACCGGACGUAACAAGAGCGCUCACCCCUUUUGGCGAGGAGCUAUUGUAUUUCCUCAAGGCCAAGCAGCUGGAUGAUGGUCUCAUCAAAAGCUUGAAGAAGUAUGACUGGACGGAAACGAAGCGCUAUGGUUUCGUUCACUCAAUCGCCGCUUCUCCCGUUGAUGAUAAAGCUUGGAGGACAGGCUAUUGUGGGCUUGGUCGUACUGUCAAAGCUUUAGGUCUUGGUACAUCCAAGACAAUCGAGAUGGAUGUCGUGGCUGCAUCAUUGGGAUCCAUCAAGGAUUCUCUGCUUAAAGCGUUGUACUACGCUUGUCAAGGUGAUUCCGGUGUCAAAGAGCUCGAGAGUCGGCCAGUAGGCAAGAAGGGCCAAGAAGUGCUAGAUCCUGGUGCAGCCGAGGUCAGGAAACAUACUCGGAUUUAUUUCCCGUCAAAGCACACGGUGCGGAAUAGCAUCGCAAAGGACGCCGGAACUAUUUGCUUUCAGAAGCAAUGGUUCGAAGCAUCAACUUUUCCCCGCGAAGUCUUGCGUGACUGCAUAUCCACAAGACCAGGCAUGCUCAUGCACGACAAGAUGAUCUUCGUCAGGAAGACAGAAGAGUCCAAAGACGAACCUGGCAAGAAGGUUGUGAGCGGCUUCGCGUACGUUGGCAGUGCUAAUAUGUCAGAGAGUGCUUGGGGCCGACUCAUCAAAGACCGUAACACCAAAAAGCCCAAAAUCACCUGCCGGAACUGGGAGUGUGGUGUUAUCGUUCCUGCUAGGCGUGCUACAGUCGCUGCUAGUUCGUCGUUAUCGGCAUCUUCUCAUGAGGAGAACAAGGAGGAGGGCAACGGUAAUGGCAAGGGCAAGGCCCAAGAAGCCAUGCCUACGAGUGCUGCGGAAGAUGACACUUUGUCCUGGGGAGUCUUUGAGGGCCAUGUGCCGGUUCCGAUGAAAGUUCCGGCGUCUCCGCUUCAGAUGAAUGGAUCGAAGAGUCCUUUCUUCUUUGGUGGCUUUUGA